UCCCCCUCGGGCAGGUCUCUCCCCCAGCGAUGAAGAGGAGCGGGAUGCGGCGAUGAAGAGGAGCGGGAUGCGCUGGUGGCUCGUCACCGUCCUGGGGGUGCUGAGCAGACCCGGCGCAGGGGCCAGGAGCUGCGGUUCCCGGGAGCACGGGACGCCGGGAUGCCCGCCCGGAGAGGAGCCCACCGGGGCAUGCAGCUCGGUGCUGGGUCCGGUGGGAACGUGCCGAGCUUGUCCCCCCGGCACCUUCUCACCGGGGGACGUAUCCUGCUCCGCUCACACCCGCUGCCGGGCCGGGAACAGGAUCCUGGUGGCACCGGGGACGGCGGCGACCGACAGCCGCUGCGGAGACUGCCUGCCGGGGUUUUACAGCCCUGAAGGGGAGAGGGAGCCCUGGGGCCGGUGCCUGCCCUGCGCCGCUGCUCCCCACAGCACCCCAGGGUGCCCAGGCCGGCGGCGAGCCCGCAGCCCCGAAACACUGGGCUGGUCAGCGGGGACCAACGGGACACGGGUGACCCUGAUGGGUGAGGAAGAGGAGGAGGCGGCGGCGGCGCAGGCGGCCGUGCUGACCAUCGUCCCGGUCUUCUGCGCCAUGGGGUUGUUGGGCAUCCUGGUCUGCAACCUGCUGAAGAAGAAGGGUUACCACUGCACCGCCAGCAAGGACCCCCACCCCGGCGGCACCGGUCCCAGCUCCAUCUACCAGCUGGAGGAUGCCAACGAGGACACCAUCGGGGUGCUGGUGCGGUUGAUCACCGAGAAGAAAGAAAACGCCGCGGCGCUGGAGGAGCUGCUGAGGGAACAUCACGGCCAACAGCCGAUGCCACCACUGGGCUUCACCCCCCUGAAUAAGCUGCACCUCCUGCCUCAGUUUCCCCCCGCUUGCCGGCACCAGCAGCACCUCCACACAGUGCAGGGUCCGGCCCCGUGCGCCCGCUGCAGCCAGAAGAAGUGGCCCGAGGUGCUGCCAUCGCUCGGUGCCACCAAGGUCCCCAAAGCCGGGGGCCGCCCCGGUGAGGUCACCAUCCUCUCUGUCGGCAGGUUUCGGGUGUCCCGGAUUCCUGAGAUGAGGAGCGAGGUGGGAGGCGAACCCCCCCGUGGUCCCCUUCCCACUGGUAGCGGGAUGUGGCCCCCGUGGUUGAAAAGCACUGACGGCCCCCCCGAGCUGGCACCUGGCCUGGGGGCUGCUUCGGGGGGACGGUGACACCCACAAAGACCCCCUGGGGAAGACGGAGGACGUUGGGGACCACGGGAAAGCCAGUCCCACUUGUCACAAAGCGCUGGAGGUGGCAGCUUGGCUUCUGCUCCUGCCACCAAGGCGUCCACCAGCAGCACAGCAAAUCCAAUGUCUUGCCCAGUUGGUGAGAAGGAUUCCCCGUCCCCAAGGUCCAGUGGUGGCCACGUUGUGGUGGCCUCAUGGAGAGCAUCUCCGUGAGCCGUGACACCGGUGGCGGUGGCCACGGCGUGGUGGCCUGAUGGAGAGCAUCUCUGGGAGCCAUGAUGCUGGAGCACAGCUCCAUUGGAGGCACCACACAGUGGAGGACGUCGUGCAGCCAGGAUGCCAUUUGAUGGUCACCUUCUGGGUCUGUUGACCUGAAGCCUCUCCAGGAACGUCAUGAGCUCUUGAUUUCCCUCUGUCACCAGGUGCCAGUGCUCAACAUCGCAGGCUAUGACGGUCCCUGGAUCAUGGGACAACUCCCACCUUACCAACAACCCAACCAGGGCAUGGGUUGCUUUGGCCAAGGCUGGUCUCCUGCAUCCACAUCUCCUCUAUCCAAAGUCUCAAUCAGCCCAGGAGAACAUCGUGGUGACACUGCUCACCAAAAAGAUCACACACUCCACUUUCCAUAGGAGCUGUAUCUAUAGGAUCACGUUGGCUUGGCCAUGCUGAGGUCCGUGGGACAACCCACCCAAGGUUGGGUUGGAGACCCUCAAGCUCCACCACCAACCUGGAAACGGGUUUAUGGCUGGUCCCGUUCACUUCUCCACCGCAUCACCGCGCCGAAAAACCAACCACAAAACCCUCUCGGGCUCUUUUAUUUAUUUUUUUUUUGGAAACAUUUUAAUAGUUAUCGAAUGUUCUACAUCUUACAGUAAAUAUCGUACAGUUACAAACUCUUGGCUGAAAUCUGUCAGGGAGAUCACGACCUGAUCUUCAGAACCAAAACCAGAACAGAAAACAAACGGGGGAGGGGGGAACCAAACCCAAAUUUACACUUCAGAUGGACAAACCGAGGCUGUGGGGCUUUCCAGGGCAUCAGUUCAAGGCCAUGUUCCCUACACACCUUUGAGACUUAGACUUGGAAGACGUGGUUACUCUUGGUUUUUAAUAUUUUCUUUUUUUUUGUUUGUUUUUUUAAUAUUUAUUUUUGCUUAAGACAUCCAAUAAUAUUUAAAAAGGAGCUGGCCUGGUGAUCAAAAUGAAUUAAAAAAUCAAUUACAUAGAAAGAGGGGUAGGACCCUGGCGCGGGUUUGCUCCGUGCUGUGGGGAUGGGAGGGUUUGGGUGCAAUCCUGCGCCCCGCUGUCUUGUUUCCCCUUCCUCGCUGUGCUUCCCGACUGCUGCCGACCCUGCGAAUCGCUCCCCGCCCAGCGCCCUGAUCCUGAACCCCCCUUCGCCCCGGGAAAACCCAGCUCCGUCCCGCGCAGAAAGAUGCAGCCGUGCUGCAGGUGGCCGCGUUGCAUCAGGAUUGUUCCCUACAAACAGCACAACUGAGCAUUUCCAACCGGGAAUUGCUGCCAUUAAACCACAUAUUUUGCUAUUCCUGCUUUGCAAACAUCCCCGUAACAGGUUAUUUUACCCAAUUACCAGUGAACCGAUAACUGCCACGGUGCCACAUGCCGGAAGAACACCUUUUCCAGGCUCUCCUCCCUCCCAAGCUCCUCAAUGGGCUUUUUUCCCUAUGGGAACGCUAGCACACAGCAGAGAAAAUACCCGUGGCCUGAUCCUGCCAACAGCCCGGCACUCGUGGCAAAGCAAAGGGAAGAUGGACAGAGGGUCGCUGCGUUUCGGGGAAUGACAGAUGCUCGGAGGGCCUGAAAAUAUUGACAAUUAAAAAAAAAACCAAACCCCAAAGCCUGGAUUUAUGGGUAUCCGGCGGCUCUUAUUGCUACUGUCGGCUGGUUGGGUUUUCCUAUUGAAAAUAAACCCCCAAAUGUGGGGGGGGUUCUUCCUCUAAGAAAGCAAGACCCAAUUUCACGCCUUCUGGCUGGGGACUGCAUCAUCCCAAAUCCCCCGCAGGGAUGCAUCCGCCGCCGGGAUGCAGGAGGAGUGGGAAGGGAUGGCAAAGAGGAGGGGUCUCUCCGGGAAGGACUGUAUUCAGCGGGAUGCUGGCAGCUGGGGGGGAAAACCUGAUACCCUGAAACAUCCAUCAUUAAAA